AUGGCUGUUGAGGCUUCUGAUAGGCAAAAUUUGUUCUAUGGUUUGGAUUUUGAUGACGAUGAGGAUGUGGUAGUAACUUUGAAAUGGCACUCAGCAUCUAAGAAAAAUCGAGGGCAUUUAGAAGUGAGGAAGGUAACUGCUCAUAUUCAUGAGGAACAGUCAGGUAGACAUAUUUCUGAUGUGCCUUCUUCAAAAUGCCAAAAUUCUAACAUGCAGAAGGGUAAUGUUUUGUUACCUGCUAAGGCAUCACUCGUGAAGUCUUCUACUGGUAGCACAAAAGCACCAACUUCACUUGUCCAUACCUCUGAUGAUGAUGAUGAUAUCCCUUUGUCCACGAGGUUACGUUGGAAUUCUAGUAUGGGAAAAUGUAGUAGUAACUGUAACUGUAUUGGUAGCACAAAAGCACCAACUUCACUUGUCCAUACCUCUGAUGAUGAUGAUAUCCCUUUGUCCACGAGGUUAUUUUGGAAUUCUAGUAUGGGAAAAUGUAGUAGUAACUGUGAUGAUUCUGUUAAGAAGAGGCCGGCUACACUGCUAGUUAAGAGAUCAUUAGGUAACGGCAAUUCCUUGCACAUUUCAGUUAAGAAGCCAAAGGUAUCAUCAUAUGAUGAUAGCGAUGAUGAGGAUGAUAUUCCAAUUUCCCAGAGAAUUGCGAGGUCAGCCAUAUCUGCUGAUAAACCAUCUUCCAUGAAGAAGUUCAAAGAGAAAGAACCUGUAUUUGUUGAAAAAAUGAUUGAGGAUUGCCAAAGGAAGAGAUGCAUAGAAGAGAAGAGACUGCACUCCCUAGAGAGAGAUGUUGAGGAGAACUCCAGAGAGCUUGAAAAUAAGAAACAGCAAGUUGUUUGUGUUGAACAACAAUUGAAUUUAUAUUUCCAACAGAUUAAAACAAAAGAGAGAGAAUAUGGUGCAAUCCAAAGAAGCAUAGAAGAACUUGACAGUGAGUUUGAAGCAAAGAGAGAGCAACUUAAAUCAGUACAGAAGUUGAUUAGUGAAUGUGAUAGGCAGCUACAGUUGAAAGAGGAAGAAUGUGACAGGGUUCAUGAAAUUGUUCAGAAGGCAGCCAGUGAAUAUGAUGAAGUUCACAAGAAAAUGCAGAGGAAAAUUGAAGAACAUGACAAGGAUCUUGAAGUGCAGCUGAAUUUGGUGGAGGACUUUAUUAGAGAGUGCGAGCUAGAGCUCAAGACUAAAGAGAGAGAAUUUCAUCAAGUCUUGGACAAAAUUAAUAAAGACUGUGAAAGAAAGGAGGAAGAACUCAAGGUUCUUCUGAAAAAACUUGUUGAAUGUACUAAGGAACUUAAGACCAAAGAGGAAGAGCUUGAUUCAAAGCAAAAAUUAAUUGAUGGACAAGCUAAGGAGCUAGAGUCAGAAAGGAAGAACUUACUUAAGGUAAUCUCAAUAAGGACCAGUUAUUUGAAGGACUGUGAAUUGUCGAAGAAGAAUUUUGAAAGACAAGCUAUGGAGCGGGAGUCAAAGGAGAAGCAAAUUGAAGAUUGGGUGAAGGACCUUGAAUCAAAAGAAAAGCAAUUUGAAGUCAAGGUGAAGGAGCUUGAGUCAAACAAGAAUAAGUUUGAAGUACAAGCAGACGAUCUCAAGUCAAAAGAGAAGCAUUUUGAAGAACAGGUGAAGAAAUUCAAGUUUAAACAGAAACAAUUUGAAGAGCAAGUGAAGGAGCUUGAGACAAAACAGAAGCAAUUUGAAGAAAAAGUUAUGGAUUUUCAGUCUAAAAAGAACCAAUUUGAAGGACAAGUGACAGAGUUCAAGUCAAAGGAGAAGCACUUUGAAGGACGAGUGAAAGAGUUCAAGUCAAAAGAACAGCAACUUGAAGAGUGGGCGAAGGAGCUCAAGUCAAGAGAGGACGAAGUUGAAGGCCAAGUGAAGGAGCUUGAAUCACAAAAGAAGCAUUUUGAACGCCAAGUGACAGUGCUUGAUUUGAAAGAGAAGCAAUUUGAAGCUCAAGUGGUGGAGCUUGGGUCAAACAAGAAUAGGUUGGAAGUACAAGCAAAGGAGCUCAAUUCAAAAGAGAAGCAGUUUGAAGAACAGGAGAAAGAACUCAAGUUUAAAAAGAAACAAUUUGAAGUGCAAGUGAAGGAGCUUGAGUCAAAACAAAAGCAAUUUGAAGGAAAAGUUAUGGAGCUUCAGUCAAAAGAGAAGCAAUUUGAAGAACAACUGAAGGAGUUCGAGUCAAAGGGGAAGCACUUUGAAGGACAAGAAAAAUAUCUUAAAUCAAAAGAAAAGCAGCUUCAAGAUUGGGAGAAGAAGCUCAAGUCAAAAGAGAACGAAGUUGAAGGCCAAGUGAAGUACAUCGAAACAAAAAUGAAGCAUUUGGAACACCAAGUGAAGGAGCUUGAAUCAAAAGUGAAGCAACUUGAAGUCCAAGGGAAGGAGCUGGAGUCAAAAGAUGAUAAUUUUGAAGUACAACCAAAGGAGUUCAAGUUAAAAGAACAGCAGUUUCGAGGACAGGUGAAGGAUCUUGAGUUAAAGCAGAAUCAGUUUGUUGGAAAACUGAAGAAGCUUGAGUUAAAAGAAAAGGAAAAAAUAUCGGAUAAUCAAUCGAGUCCCACCAUCAAUGGCAGAAUUUUGCUGUUGCUCCCUAGUGAGGGAACAGAUGAACUAGGAUCUCUUGACUAUGAAAUUCUAGUUAAUCUCCAAGCAUCAUCAGAUCCAUCAAAAGUGGUUUUGGAUAUAAUACAGAAUCCCAUUGCUCCACCAUGUAGGACAGGAGACAAUGCUAUAAGUAUUGAUGGUAGCCACAUCAUUCUGCUGGAACAACUGAUGAGAAUCUCACCACACAUUAAACCUCAUGUAAGAGAAGAAGCAAUGAACCUAGCUCUUGAUUUGAAAUCUAGCAUGAGAGCAAGUACUGAAAAUUCUUUGGCGGUUCUGGGUUUUCUACUGCUUGUGUCAAUUUAUGGAUUAGCCUCUUCUUUUGAUGAAGAUGAAGUUUUAAAGCUUUUCGAACAUGCUGCUCAUCACAAGCAAGCUGUAGAACUAUUCUGGACUCUGGGUUUUGCAGAUAAAAUCUCUGAUUUUGUUCAGAAUCUCAUUAAGAAGCAGCAGUAUAUUGAAGCUGUUAGAUUCAUUUGUGCAUAUGGGUUGGCUGACAAGAGUGAACCAGUUGAUCUCUUGAGAGAAUAUGUGCAGAAUGCAAAACUGAUUUCUGAGAAUAGUUGCAAGAAAACAAAUUGCAUCGAAAUCAAGGACAAGGCCAGAGAUCAAGAAAUUACUAGUCUGGUAACUGCUCAACAGUGCAUCUCAGACAACAACUUAGAAUCUAAGGAUUUACUUAAUGAGAUUCAAGAUCGCAUUCUUGAGCUAAAUUGGCAGAAGGCAAAUAGUGAUUAUAGUGGUACCAAGGUCAUACUCCAAAACUGCAACACUUGUUAA